UACAGGAAAGGAAAAAUGCAAAAUGGCGCCAUUCUUCGCCGUAGAAGCACAUUUCGUAUUAGCUCAAGGAAAGUUGUGUCAACUUUGUGUGUAUCGUAGGCAGCUCCAACACACGUUGAACUAGUAGAAAGUUUUCCUUGAUAUCACUUGUUGUUGAGCAACCAAGAGUUGCUUUUGCCAAAAUACCGAAAAGUAGAGAAAAGCUUGGUUAAAAUGACGUUUUAAGCUUGAAACCUGCCUCUGCAGAGUGUUUGGGCUGACAUACAAAACUUACUGGAGGUUCCUAGUUUUGCUGGAGGACGGGAGGAUAUUAAAAUAUUCUUAUAGGAUGGGAAUGGAAUGGAAUGGAUGGAUAUGGGAUUGGAAUACCUCCCGAUGGCUUAUCUCAGUGGGAGCAACCUGCUGGUUUCUGUCAAUUGGCAUCACCAGUUUUACUUCAAGAAAAAGAGAAUGAUAAACAUAAAAUUCGUAGCUACGGAGCAGCCACCCAAGUCUCCUAAACAGUUUGCCAGUAUUUUGCGCACUAGUUUGCAACAAUGUCUUCACCAUCGUCAUAACAGAAUUCUAGUAGAUGUGGAAGAUAGUGUUUCACUAGACGUAGAAAAGUCUAAUGCAAGAGAUAAAACCAAAAGGGAAUUGGCUAGACUAUUGAUUGAGAUGUUCUACGGGACUCAUAUUCCGGUAAAGGUUGCUUUUUGUAACACCAAGGAAUUGCAAGUUGCACAAACAACUUGGGGUUUGUCAACACAAUGGGUUGCUUAUUGCCUUCUAGAGAAAGUGGGAAAGCGUGGGUUUCAAGAAGAAGAGUUCGGAAGAAAUGUUGCCGAGGAACAUAUUAUAAUAUGUGUCGAUCCUAAACCACAGCAACUUUCUUGUUUGGAGAGUUAUCUAACUGGACCAGGCCAAGUUGUUGUGUUGGUGAAUCCACGAAGAAUACAGCAACAAGCAGAGUUGUUAUCCUCGUUGAACCUCAUAUUGAAACGAUACACAGCAGCGCUUGUUUUGAGAAAAUAUACUAUACGGGGGGAGCGCUGUUUACUGUAUAAUAGAUUUCCUAAUAGUUGGUGCCUAUUUUCUUUCCAAAGUAGGCAAAAACGACUACUUUACAAAUCCAAAAAUUUGCCGGCAGAUGAACAAAGUUUGUUUGCCUCACCACCACCAGUCAAUAAUAAACCCAUUUGGCAUUGGCCUUGGGAUAAUUCUUCUUCUUGGUGGUUCAUGAAAGACUUCACCCCAACGACCCCAGAUAAAAGGAAAACUCAACGCCAAAAGAAUUCAGUAGUUGAGAAUAAGAAGCUGUCUUCUGUUGCUGUUGCUCCAACCAGUUCCAGUCCUGCUAGCAGAGAAGUUUUGUUACAAGCUGUGGAGAAACGGUUGAAGGAGCAGCAGUUGAGAGGUACUCCGUCUGGUGGAAAGUCACGAACUUUGCGAAAUACAAAUUCUUUGAGAGACUCCGAUGGUCCCGAUAUUAAGGAUUGGCUCAAUUAAACAAAAGCUCCACUCUUGUAGUCAAAAACAC